AUGAAAGUCUUAAAAAAUUUCCGCUCUUUUAAUGUUACGCCCCAAAUUCUGAACCAGAUCUUGGAUUUUUAUAACAUCUCUCGCGAAAAAUUUAUUCAGACAUACAAAUUGCAGCCGCUGAUCAGCGUCCCCGAGUUGCCGUUCACCGGGAAGGUAGCCCUUACUGUGACCUAUUGUGUGAUUUUCCUACUUGCUCUCUUUGGAAACAGCCUGGUGCUGUGCACAGUGAGACGGGAAAAGUCUCGAACGGUUUACAGCGUCUUUAUUCGUUCGCUGGCGGUCAGCGACCUGUUCAUCACCUUCUUCUGCAUCCCAUUCACCCUGCUGCAGAACAUCUUCAUCAACUGGAUUGGGGGGACUUUCAUCUGCAAGAUGGUUCCUUUUGUUCAGACUACAGCUGUCACGAGCUGCAUUCUAGCAAUGUUGUGCAUUGCUGUGGAGAGAUAUGAAGGGAUUGUACAUCCAUUGAAGAAGCAUUAUCUGAUGACAAGAGGACACAUCAUGCUUGGGUUUAUAUGGGCAGUGGCUCUAAUCAUGGGAUCUCCUAUGUUGUACGUUCAGCAAUUUGAGGUCAAAUAUGAUUUUCUCUAUGAUGUUCACUACUUCUGCUGCCUUGAACACUGGGAUUCGCUUUCACUCCAACGCGCCUUCACCACUUUCUAUUUGGUGGCACUUUUUGUGUUGCCGCUCAUGGUAAUGUUGCUGCUUUAUACCAAAGUUAUCUUUGAGUUGUGGAUAAAGAAACGUGUUGAAGAUCAUUCAGUCUUAUUCCUGAACCAAAACAAAGCCUCCAAAACUGCAAGAAAGAAGAAACGAGCUAUAGUUAUGAUGAUAACUGUUGUUGUGCUCUUCACCAUAUGCUGGGCUCCAUUCCAUGUGUUGCACAUGCUGAUUGAAUACAAUAAUUUACAGGAUGAUCACAUCACCAACAUCAUGAUCAGCGCUGUGCAGGCAAUUGGAUUCUUCAACUCUUUCAACAACCCUGUUGUGUACACACUAUUGAACAAAACCUUCAGGGAAGCUUGUUUCUCUUUCCUAUCACGUUGUGUUCACAGAGCCCAAGGUAAUUUCAGUGCAUGUGCACCAAAGCCAAGCAUUGCUACAAGACAGGUUGGCUGCUUGCAAGAUCUACAGCCAAAGAAACAAACAGAGGCACCAAAUCCUAAUCAGCUUGACAAUGUUGAUCUUAACUGGUGUGAAAAUUAUAAAACAAUGACGGGUGAGCUGGAAGAUCUGACCUUCCCUGUAUCUUAA